UGUGUGCUCAGAGCGGAGACGGGCAAGAAGUGAGCUGCAGAGUGGCAGUGGGAGGGGAGAUCGCACGGACACAACUGUGCGUGUUCAACACGACCUACACACAGACAGGCCAGCAUAGCAGUGUGCACAGUUGGGAUAACUGUAGAUCAAGUAGAAGAGUAGAACUGUAGAACUGUAGAAGAGUUUAGAUCAUCUAGGGAAACAGAGAUUAGGAGAGUGUUUGUGGUUUGUGUAUGUAUGUGUGGUGUGUGUGUUUAGCAUUUGGAACUCAGGGGAAAGCAGGGUUCCAAAAUUUUAAGACAGGGAACAUGGGGAACGUUGAGAAUGUUAGACCAGUGGUCCGGUUCCCCCAGAGGGGUUCUCCUCAAGGACGAGGCAACCGCGGGGGCCAUUCCCGUCGCCCAUGGCAACCAGCAGGUAGAAGCCGAAGCGCCUGGCAACAUCGAGUGUAUCUGUCCCCUAACCCCAAUCACCAGCAGGCACCAUCUUGUUAUCUAACGUUCAUCAGGAGAGCAGUGCUGUGGGACAAAGGCGUCUAUCACUGCAUGGGCCUGACUCACAGGGACUUCCUCCCUACGCUGUGUCCUCGGUUCAUGGGCCACAUGAGGGUUUCCCCUGCAGAUCUCAGACCCCCACGUGUCCUGAGUGGCCAACCCAGGCCUAGAGCUCAGCAGUGGGGGAACUCCAGUGGCAGACGCCUCCUGGUCCCCGAAAACAUCCAGAGCUAUGGAGGUGAGAACCAUGCAGCAGGCGCAGGGAGCAGUCUGCAGUACAUGGGCCAGACCACUAGGAGACGCUGUGCAGUGGUCUUUGCCCCGACACCACCGUCGCCUGCACCAAGUCGGGCGUUGUCGUCCAGCUGCUCUCCUAGUAGGACAUGUCCUAGGCACCCCGAAACAGACCACAGCAGUGUGGAGCGCCCUCAAUGUCAGACCUCAAGCCCUCCGCUCCCCUUGGCUUUGGACACUGAAGAAGAGAACGCGGAAGGAGAGAAGGACGAGGAACGACAAAUGGUGGUGGACAAGGACGCACUGGGACGUUCAGACCUUGAUCCUCUCCUCUCUGCAAUGCUAAAUCCUACUCUUAGUCCUAAUCCUAGUCCUAAUCCUGACCUAGAGGACCCAGACUUGCUCUCGGAGGGUGAGGGGGAGUUGGGGUUUGGUACCCCCGCAGGAAGCUUCUCUCGGUCAGACUCCUUGUCUGACUUCAGCCGGCCCCCCUCCAGCCAGUUCAGCCGCAGCACCGACCUGUGCAGCCGCCAGAGCAGCAAAGUCUCCUCAGGGUGUGUGAUUGAAAAUGAUGUUGAAGAUCACCAGAGCAACAGUUGUGAUGGCCACACUGCAGCUGCUAAUGAUGAUGAUGAUGAUGAUGAUGAUGGUAAUCUUAAUCAUCAAGGACAACAGUCUGCACACUCCCAACGCCCCCCUUCAAGAUUACCUCCACUACCUGUUCCCACACGUUCUCUAGCUCUGUCCAUAGAACCCAAAUCAAGCCAGCAACUAGAACCCACACAUUCACCCACAACCUCUGAUACAAGGUCCAGCUACCCUGCAGUGGGGAUCACUAAGAUUGUAAAGGAGAAUGUCGAUGACCCGACGCAAAACCUGAUAGUGGACCUGACUCCUCAUCCCUCGCUGGGAUCGGUGUCUUUGGCCACCUGGAGAACCUCUUCUCGCUGCCUAUCAGGGCGAAUAAGCGAAUCAGGAGCCAGCAUUCCCAAUGGGGACCAAUCAGAGUUGACAAGCCAGCGCUGGUCCCGCCUACCCCCCAUCAUGCCUAGCCAAGGUGUCAGUGGCUCUGUGGCAUCUGGCUGUUCUCAGGUCAUUGCAGUAGAGGGUGAAGAUGAGGAAGAUGAUGAUGAGGAUGAUGAUGAUGUCUUUGCUGAGCUGGACGCUAUGGCUCCCCGCACUGGGUCAUGUCAGCUCACAGACCACCCACUGAGCAGUGACCCAGACACUGACCCUACCUCACCUGAGACAGCUCUGUCUCCAGGUUUGGCUGCUCUCACUGUUGGCUGUGCCUCUGGAGGUUUGGGUUCUCUCUCCCGAGUCCACCUCCUAAUGCUGGACCGACCCGACCUAGAACUGGAACCUUCUGGUUCCCCCCUGGACCUAGAGUGGAACACCCCGAUCCCCCCUCCACCAGAUGGGACAACAACUUCCUGGUCCGACUUCAGAGGGGAAGACUACCACCAGACAGGGGUGUCCUGCAGUGUGUCAGAGAACAGUGUUCUUCUGGAAGGACAUGCAGCCCACUCCAUGACCUGCUCCGAGAGAGGCUCCCAGUCACCUUCAUCUUGGCUCCUGAGGACCAGUUUCUCAGACAUCAGUGUUGGUUCUCAUCCAGGACAAGAUGGGGAGGACUCGGAGAGGAACAGCUACAUCUGCUUGACCCCAGUGAUCCGGCAGGAACAUUCUACUGAGUCUAGUCCCCGACUGGGAGCAUCAGGGACAGAGAAAGACUCCGAUGAAGACCCUGCAGGACAAGAAGGCACAGGGGAGGAGGAGGAGGAAGAGGAGGAGGAGGAGGAGGAGAAGGUCAAAGCCAGGAACAGCAGGAGGAGGAGGAGAAGGACUGACAGGUUUGAAGAAAGGAGGAAAGAGAAGGAGAGAGAGAAGAGAUGGAGGGAGGAAAAGAGGAGUAAAGCGAUGAAGGUGUACUCCAAGCUGCAGGAGGAGAAUCCUCAUCAGGGGUCGCACAACACCAACUGCUCCAGGUUUGAGGACUUUGCCUUCCUGGCCAAAUACUGCAUCUUCAACCAGGAGAAGCUGGCCAUAUACAAGCAGGCUUUUCAAGCAGCAGACAGUGAUGGAGAUGGAUACCUGUCCUGCUUCCAGGUGCUUCUGGCCCUCAAAGAGAUUGUCCCCUCAGAGCUUCUGUCCGAGGAAGAGGAGAUCUACGUCUACAGGAUCCUGGAGUUGGUGGAUGUUCACGUGGCUGAGGGGGUGAUGAUGGACGAGCGUCUGUUUGCUGUGGUGGCCAGCCUGGCUCACAAAGUAGCUACACUGGAUGACUUCAUGCGUUCAUCAGCCAAAUGGACUUCAGAUCUUUGGAGAUGAAGCUGUACAAAGCAAAGCAGCUCUUCCUGUUCCUCCUGGAGGCGCAGACAGGGGGCGAUGUGGUGCCGGCUGACGGCUGCAUCAGCACGGAGCAGCUUCUUCUGGAGCUGAAGGCCGGGGGCCUGCGCCGCGAGCAGGAAGAGGCCGUGCUGAG